AUGUCGGUCAGCGAGCAGCGGUCGCCGCUUCACCAGCACGAAACCCCGGGGCCCGAGGCCGACGGCGACGCCAAGAUGGCCAGAAUGCCGGCUUGGAUGAGGGAGAUCCUGGAGAGGAGAAAGGCCAAGCUGAGCGGCCCGGCGGCGGAGAGCUGGAGCCGGGGGGCCGCCGCCGCCGCCGCCAUCAUCACCGCGUCUCCUAGCAACCAGGAGAGCCGGGCAAGGGGCGAGCCGGGGCCUGGGCCUGGGCUGGAGCCGGGGCCUGGGUUGGAGCCGGACCCGGAGCCGGAGCCGGAGCCGGAGCAGGGCAGCAGCGCCGUGCUGCGGGAGAACAUCGCUCCCCUCCAGGAGAACCCCUUCAUCAAGCUGGAGGAGAGGCGGCGGCGGCGGCGGCGGGUGGCCUCUCCCGCCAGACCCGUGCAGGAGCUGCUGGAGCUGUACAACCACAUGCCCGGCGUCAGGACCAUCCAGGCCGACAACAUCAUCAUCAUCGAGUCCGACCCGGACUACUUCGGCGAGGGCCGCCCCCAGUCCGUCAGCAACGGCGGCGCCCUCCACGGCGUCGACGACCUGCUGGCCAGGGGCGCCCAGGGCGGCGUGGCGGAGAUCCGGGCGGCCGAGGUGGUCGUCUACGAAACGGCCCCCCCCCUCCUCAGCAAGAGCGAGGAGAACCUGAGCACGCUCGUGAUCGGCCAGGGCCAGGGCCAGGGCCAGGCCCGGGUCAACAACGGAGGCGUGUACUCCGGGAAGCUGCAGGGCCAGGUCAGCCGGCUGCUGGAGAAGUUUGAUCAGCACUACACCAAGCCGGUCAGGUCGAGGAGCACGGAGAAUCUGCUGGACAGCUUCUCGUCCUCCAGGGAGAAGUACAGCGGCAAGCCACUUCUGUUGCCAAAGCCGCCCGCGUUGACCGCUUCUUUUAAACACAGCCAAGUCCCGGCAGCGCCCAAGGCUGCCCCCCGCGAAGUCCCGCCUCGACUUCAGGUCGGUCUGAACCAGGAGGAUGAGCCUAGAUGGGACAGUGCAUCCCCCUCUCACCUCAGAUCCACACCGUUGCACUCGCCUAAUAGGUCUUCCUUCUCCUCGUCUCCCGUUCCAGCCGUCAGCGAUCAAGGGACAAAAAUCGGUGCCAGUGAUGAUAGUGUUUCUCAAGAUCGCUUCUAUACCGUGUCUUCUUACCGUAAGAGAUUUGAGAGUGUCCCUACAGAUGGAAGACAGUUGACCCCGAAGGAUUUGUCACAUUGGACAGCAGGGUCUCCAAAGAGUAAAGAGAAGUUCUCGAAAGACUGGAGAGCUGCAUUGAGCAAAGAAAGCAAACCAGUAGAGAAUGGUCACACCGCUCAUUCAGAACUGGGUUUCAUAGAGACAAACGCAGUCUCUGCGAAGGAAAGUGCUGCUGACUGGAAAAUGGGAAACCGAGAUAAUAAGUGGGCAAAAGAGACUGGGAGUGGCCAGGUGCCAUCAUUUCUUAGUGCUUCCAGCCUUGAAGCUUCCAAAGGGACCAACACUUGGAGGCCAAAGAAAGAAGUGGAUCUAGAGAAAACCUCAAAAUUGAAUCCUGAAAUACUCCAACUCGCUUCCAGAGUUUCGACCCCUGCAAAACCGAGUGCCACUCCCUCCGAGAAGUCGAAACAGAGCCACAAGGUGGAAGGCUUAGUGGCCAAACUAACGCCGAACCAGUGCAAGGCAGUAUCUGCGUCCACUAGUCUGAAUGACACCUUUGAAAUCCUACCAGCAGCAACCCCAGAUUUUUCGUCCAUUCCAGAGGAUGAUAUUCAGGCACAAGCACUAGCCAACCUGAAAAAGCAGUCUAAGAACUCAUUUGUUGUGGUCCCUAAGAAGAAAUCAGGUGAUUAUUUGACAUCGAGUGAUGUUCGCAGUUAUAGGCAGAUAAAUGAUGAAACCCCUGAAAAGCCAAAACUUGAUCACAAUCCUUUCAAAUCUGUUGAGGUUCCAACUAGCAAGAUUUCAUCCGGUUCAUGGGAUAGACAGAGACACAAAGAAAAAGCAUCUGUCCCAGAGUCUCUUCUUCCACCGGUAGAGUCUGAGUCAGAGGUCAGAUUAAAAGAGAACUUGAACAAAUUUUCUGCUGUUACUACAUCGAGGGAUGACUUUGAGCAUCCAAAACACGAGAGCACUGAGCCUUCACUUAUGAAAGGAACAGCAGGUCUGUUACCCAAUGAGGUUCCACAGCAGGUUUCUAAACCCCCUGCCAUGAUGAUGGCUGAAGAGGGGUCUCAGAUGGAAGAAUAUCUCCCAAUUACUAAUAUAGAUGAUAUUGUGGACCCCGAAGAGAAAGAAAAUCCUGAAGUGUUAUUAGCCAGGGCCAAAUUGCCUACGACACAAGACAAGCCUCAGGAACCUUAUAGCAGCAAUCAGAACACCUGCAUGCAGCGAAAGAGCGGAAACACUUUCACCAUUGUUCCUCAGCGAAAACCAGCUAUAAGUAGUCCAGAACACUCCAAUACAAAGGACACCGUUCAGGCAAAUGGGACAGAUAAGUCGGUGGAAGAUCCUGAGCCAUCAUUUGCCAAACUGGGGAUGUUGUUAAAGAAACGUUACCCACUUGCUGAGGAAAUUCAGGUGAUAGGAGGGUAUCUGUCACUGGAGAGAUCCUGCUUGUCCAAGGUUGGCUCCACAAGAAAGAAGCUGAAGAUUUCUUUCAACGACUCCAGCUUGCACACCACGUUCGAGUAUCCCUCUGAGAGCUCUCUUGUUCAGGAGGAAGAAUCUGACGAGAGUGAAGAUGACGAGGAAGAGACAUCCUCGAGCUUCUUUAUUCCACGCCCCAACUACACCAGCUCCCCAUCAUCCUCGGGCAGUCCGUUACGCACCAAUCCACUUGUUUCAGCCCUGUCAAACUACACUCCUAAACACGCAAUGCAGUUCAACACGUGGCAGGAACAAAAGUUCGAGGAUACACUCUCCAGUAGGGAUGAUUCUCUGAAGGACACAGAGUCUUCUCAGGAAGAUGCCAUGCUCACUCCAGCAGAUAGCAGCUCCCACUCAGACUACAGCAGUGAGCCAGCACUGUAUUUCUGACCUGAAGGAGACAAGAUUACAGAAUGGCCACCAAGCACUUGAACAUUUAAGACUGGGGGCCGCCAACAAGUCCAGGAAUGGGGGAGGCAGCUGCAGGUCAUCUAACCUUUUACGAAUGGACGGAUGUCAACCACUUUGAAAACAAUGUCCUCUUUUUCCAGACCGAGGCGACAAACAUAGUUGAUGACCAUCGGUAUCCCAGCAGUGAGUUUCCACUCCAGGACAGCUCGCUCACAAGAUAAACAUUUAAUUCUUGGGUUUCCAGUCUUGAUUUCUCUCGUGUGCCUCCAACGAAACCAGUUUACACAGUACCAUACAUGAGGUCCAAACCUUGAAUCGUUUGGUUUUUGUGUGUGGGUGUGUGUGUGUAUAACAGCUUUGGCUGUGAAGAACCUGGUCUGGGAACCAAGUUUGCUAACGUUCACACUCUGCGUAAAGCUGUGACCUCUAUUUCUAAAUCAUUCCUAAACACUGCCGAAUUCCAGACACUGGAAUCCUACACAGACUGCAAUGACAAUUUCUUAAUAUUCCUUUCUGAGAACUGUUUCAUUCCAUCCUUCGUGUCCUUAGCUGUCUUUCGUUAUUAGGAUAUUAUUCCGUACCGGUGUGAGACCUCACCCCAGGUUUGUAGAAUUGACCAUGUUCUUGUUGCACUCCUACUUACAAUGUUGUUCAUUGGACCCCCGGAUGUACAUACUGUUAAAUGGUUAUAGAUUGCGUCUUUUACAUUGUGCCACACUUUCCACCCAUAAUGGUCCUGGUCACUGUGGUGACAACAUGACCGUAACAUUUCCUUGUCUCUUCUGAUCUGGUAUUUCUUCAAUGCUGUAGUUGGAUAUCCUGGCACUUUGACUUCCUCACGGCCUCCUGGUGAGGUCGAGGUGAGCGGAGCUUUGUGUGUGUGUGCGUGCGUGUGUGUAUGUGUGAGAGAAAGUUGAGAGUUUCGAACGCAUCCAUGGAACGAGGAGAGGAGUUUAUGUCAUAUCAGAAUUUCUUUGAGAAUCUAUUAGUGCCAAGUAUUUGCUGGGAAGCUGGAGCUGUGGGAAGCAGUGUGCGGAAUGAGCAAUUGGUGCAAGGCUCAUGGGCUGUAGGGAAGGUGGCUUUUUUGUGCUGUUGAAUGCAGAGCAGCUUCUCAUAAUGAAGACACUGCAGUGCUGUGGGCUCAGAAUCUACCGUUUAAGCCAUUUUUGCUUCACAUCGAGAUGGAAGCUCCAACCCAGCCCAGAGAAAAAUGCCAGUUUUCUGGUUCUUCGGAGGGUGUGACUGUAAAAGCUGUUCAUCAUGGAUCAUGAAUAUAGACUCAAUACAGCACAAAACACAUGACAGAAUUGUACUCACUCCUGUUUACAGAGCAUUGAUCCAAACUGAUUUAUGUAGACCCCCAUCACACUAGGUUUUCCUGAAUUCAAAUAAAAAUGUUUUCUAAGGUUUAUGCAACCUAUUUGGUGUAAACAGCCAUAUGUGUUCAGUAUUAGCAUGGGGGGGGGAACCAAAGGGGUUUAUCGGUAACCGAUAUGAUCCUUAGCAGGAAGGUACCCCGGUUAAUCAGCUAACCAGCUCGGAAUGACUGCCGUCCUGAUAGUUAUUUUGAACGUGUGAAGCCAGCAAUAUCUUUAACCCAGUCAUUGGGAUUCAGCUUCAAAGGUGCAGUGAGCUAGCCCGAAGAAGCAGGAUACAUCGUGGGAAUGCCAUUCGCAAGCAAUGUCUCCAGUGCAGAGCACAGAAUUCCUGGAGGCUGCUUUUCCGUGGCUAGGAUUGUGGAUUGAGGGAGCUGGAAGAGGUACAGCUCGUGGCUCAGUGGCUGACCCGACAAGCCUUGUUGGUCACAAAACUACAAACCCUGACUAGGAUUAACUCUUAAUUCCUUCUGAUCUGAUUCUCCAGGGCACUGCAAGUGUCAACCCGACUGUCCUUUAGAAAUCAGAGUUCUAUUGUGCCGUCAACUGCAAUUGUGGGGAGGUGUGGGGAAACCUGAGUGUUGAUACUUUGGGUUGACGGGAUGUCACUCUUUACAGGGUAUUGUUAAAGAAAUAGGACUGUUUGGGAAUAGGCUUCUUUACCCUGUAACCAGGUCUGGUGCUGAUUAGCAGCCUCUGGGUAUUGCGGCAAUGGCAUAGCAGAAUGCUCUUAAGUUGGGUUUAAAACAAACCAGUUCCAGAAAAGGUGGUGACGCUAAGCAACUGUCCUACUUGCUGUUAUAAAUGAACAGACACUUGCAGUAGAUCGGAAGGAGAGAAUGAUGAGUCCAAGCACACGGAACCUCAGACAAUCACAGCUCAAAUAAAUCUGACCUCAGGCAUGAAGUUAAAACCAAUUUGUAAUGAAAGAGAAAAAUGGGAAUCAUUUUCCAAUUUGUUACCAACAAGACUACAAACCCAAACCAGGAUCAAUUGUUUAACCCUGCUCCUCAAAGGGAUUCUGUAUUCUGAACCCUUUGUUUAUAUUGGGAGAGCAAACCUGAGGUCAGAAGAGCAUUGGAGGCAGAAGGCUGUAGCGGAUUGAUAGUGCUUGCAUCUGGGUUUGAAUCCAGCCAAGAGAUAUCAGGACAAAUUGUCUGUCUGUGCUGUUUGAAGAGUAGAGUGAAAUGAGUUUACGGCAAUUUAAUAGACAAGGCCCCACUACCCCUCCCAAAGUAAAGAGCUCACGACUGCAGAUUUUGCGUUAGUUCAUUGACCAGCAGCGUUCCAAUGUUUACUGAAGCCAGAUGCAAUCUGGCGAUCCUUCACCAUCACCGCUGCGCAGCCGAAUUCCACAUCCUUCACUCGGAAAGAUUUAAACUUGUGAUGGGAGCACUCCUGUGUUUGGGGCGAAUGUUAAAAUGUAACAAAUGGUCCAGCCUCUGGGCAUGACUUUGAAUCGCUCUGGACAUAAAUAAAAUGAACCAUUCAGUGCACUUAAUUAGCACUUCAUAUCCACUCCACGUCCUACAUUACAGAAUAACAUUAGAAAAUGAAUAAAGAUGUCCAUGAAAUAGAAUAUUUUGACACUAAAUGUGUUGCAGGUGGCGGUUUACUUGUAACCACUUGCGAAGUGAGUCUUCCCUUUUUGUGACAGAGCAUUUGCAUCAACUGCUGGUGAGAUGGAUGUUAACAGGAAAAAGGAGGGUGUGAGCUCAGAGUCUCCGAAUGAGCUUACGCAGGCUUCAAUUUGAAAGUGUCUGGUAGGUAGGUUGACUCAGUGCGUUGUAGAAAAGCAGAUUCCAGAUGAAAGAGAGAGAGGGGUGUGAUUAUUUUAAUAUGUGUAUGCACUGUAGAAUUUUGCACUUAGAAGAAAUUAAACAGAACGGAAAACGUCUUGAGAUUCGCCAGCAUUUGGGCACACGGCCAAAUGUAUUCAUGUUUCAGUAACAUUUGCCUUCAUUGUCAAUCUUAAAAUUGCACAUUGUUUAAAAACCGAUCUGACAGCUGUGGAUAAGACAGCAGUGAUUCUCUAUGUAGUGAUGAUGCCCAAUGAUGAUUUUUUGAUAGAAUUUUUCUUAUUUUUGAUUGUAGCUGUAAUGAAUGUAAUGACUGUAUUUCAUAAGGGUUUAAUAUUUUCACUGAGACAUGAUCCAACUGAUGAUAAAAAGCAAUCACUGGUAGUAAAA